UCUCCAAAGUUUUGGAUUACUUUGGCGCAGGGCGAGUUGCGGGUGGGGGUCUCUGAAGGUCUCCGAGCUGUACCUCCAUCCGUAAAAUGACGAGAACCGGCUAGUGGAAGCUUGGCCGACCUUGGAUGUAUGAAGCUGGUGAGCAACAGCGAUUGUGUUCGUAGUUCGUGGAGAAGAUUUGGGAAUGUUGGGAAGUUCGCCGUACCGGAGCAGGACUGCCCGAGACGCAAUGAAGCGCACGGUUUUUGUUCUGUUGGUGGUAACUGUGGUAGGCGGGGGCUCAGUUGAGCUGGUAAACCCCAGGCCCAGGGAGUCCCAGAACCGAACAGCCGGGCAGAUGGUGUGCAGGGAGGAUGAGGAGUACUCCCACAACGGCUUCUGCUGCAAGAACUGCGAAGCUGGCACCUACGUGAGUGGGAAGUGCAGUGCAGACCAGCAGAAAGGCACAUGCCAACCGUGUGAGCACGGGACGUACGCUGAGCACCCCACCGGCAUGGAGCAAUGUCUGCAGUGCAGCCAGUGCCACCUGGACCAGGUAAGGACGGCUGCAUGCACCAGUGUGAAGAACACACAGUGUGAGUGCAAACCGGGUUUCUUCUGCCGGCCCAAUGAGCCCUGUGAGGUGUGCACGAGGUGCUCCAGGUGUAGGGGGGAUGAAGUAGAGGCGCAGGCGUGCACGCCCACCUCCAACACCAAGUGCAGGAAACACUCGACAUUGGCCUCUGAGCCCACAGAGAAGACAGUGGCCUCGCCCACACACCUGCCCACACCAGAAAACGGCUCUACAUGGAUUAUAGUGCCUGUUGUGCUUCUGUCAGUGCUGGUGGUCAUUGCUGUGGGGGUCCUACUCUGGAAACAGAAGAAGUGUCUGUGUGAGACAGAAGCAAGCCCAGUCGCACCGGAUGACGAGGUCAAGAUUCCUAUUGAUGGAGUCUGCGUUUCGUCAGCGGAGGAGCAGGAAAACAGCCGCAACGCGGGACUGGAGGCGGUGGAGGAGCUCCGCCCCGAGUCCCGCCCCCUGCUGCAGGAGACUCAGGGCAAAAGCAUGCCCGUGGAAGACGAAGACCGGGGGCUGGGCGACAGCUUGCCCAACACCACCAGCUCCUCCCAGACCAGCCUGUCUGCACUGCCGGUCAUGGUGCCCCCUAUGGUGGAAUCUCCACCACAAAGCCCCCCUACCCAGAGGCAGGCAUGUACCGGCUUGCAAGACCCGGAACCGUGGGCCAAGGACGAUGGCCCUCCCAGACGACUGGUCCCUUUACAAGGCGAGGAGGUCUCGCUGAGCAAGAGCUUCGACCUGUUCGACGUCCUGGAUGUGCGUGUGCACAACAAGUUCUUCCGCAGCAUCGGCGUGUCCGACAAUGCCAUCCGGCAGGCGGAGGCGCUCCAUGCCGCCGACAAAGUGUACGAGCUGCUGCGGGGAUGGAUGCAGCACAAAGGCCUGCGCGCCAGCAUCAACGACCUGCUGGAUGCACUGCUGCAGCUCGACCAGCGCUGGUCCGCCGAGCAGAUCGCCUCCAAGGCCGUGGAGCGUGGCUACUAUAAGUACGAGUGACCGUGGGCCCCGCCCCAGCCCCCGCCCACCACCCCGCCCCAUUCAUCGUCGGAGCACAUCUCAAAUGGACUCGUCAAGAGCGGACUGUAAGGCAGAGGAUGGGUGGGAGGGGUUGAAUUGGGAGGGGCUAUGGUCGGUCAAGGUUUGCCCCCCUGCCCUGCCCUGCCCCGCCCCACCCCACCCCCCGUGUUUGACCUGUCGGCCAGAUGUGGACCGAGGUCCCCGUAGCCGGGACGGUCAGCGUGGAAGCCCACACAGGACCUGGUGAAGUCCAUCGCUGGCUAACGGGAGACCGCCUUUACCAGUGCGGCCUUUCCCAAGAUGCACUGGUUCCAGGUUUUUGAAACUACGGGUUAGUCCAAAGCCUGCAGAGAGAUUUCAGCAUGACUCUGGUCAUGCGUGAAGUGAAAACACAAGAUGGUGUCUCUCUGGCAUUGUCUCUUUCCUUUGUUUUUGACUAAAUUUUCCCUUUUUUUCUGGUUGAUUUAGAGAUGAAACCAUGGACACUACAUGCAAGGAUCUCUGUGUGGGUUUGUUUUUUACAAGGAAAUGGGGAGUAAAGAGGAAAUAAAAAAUAAA